CUAGGUAUAUGGUGUUUGAGAGCUCAAAAUCCGCGCAUAUUUUCGGAAGACCAGUACCGGAAGACGUGUCUUGGACUAGGAUAGAUCGGGCCCAGAAAAGGCUGGAAAUGAUACCUACUAGGUUUAAAGUGGCCAUGGGAGUUGUUUCCGGCAUGGUAGCCACCACAGCCGUUCACCCGCUCGACGUGAUCAAGGUCCGUCUGCAGUUGUUCCCGAAAAAAGUGACGACGAUGAGGAUGCUCCAUCGCAUCAUGGUCUGUGAGGGCACUCGCGGCCUCUACGCCGGGUUGACAGCGGGGCUGCUGCGGCAGCUGACGUACACGGGCUCACGGCUUUACGUUUACAACGCACUCUAUGAUAAAUAUAAAAAAGACCACGACAUGGGUCCAGACUUCGCAGCGCGUCUCCGCAUCGGCAUCAUCGCCGGGCUGGUGGGUGCAUUCAUGGGCACGCCCUCGGAGAUAGGGCUGGUGCGCAUGAUCGAGAUUGGGCGUCUGCGGCGCUCGCGCUGUUCCCCACCCUGCUCCGUGUCGUGCAAAUAUGUACAACGGCCCGAAAACGUCAUUUUACAGCUACUGAGAAUAGCCCGCAGAGAAGGCGUGGCGACGUGGUGGCGCGGCGCCGUGCCCACGCUCAUACGGUCCAUCUUCGUUACCACAACACAAGUCGGCGUUUACUCCGAGGUCCGAAAAGCGUUCACCCGGGGAGAACAUAUGGACACCGGCAUCAAACUGCAUCUGUACACCGCUGCCAUCUCCAGCCUCUUUUCUGCCUUUCUGUCCUUGCCCGUCGACCAGGUUAAGACCAGAUAUCAAUCAUACCAAGAGCGUCACCGGCGCAGCGUGGACAUCCUCACAAGCAUGCUCCGCAAGAAAGGCCUGCUGUAUCUAUGGAAAGGCUUCCUCCCCUACUACAUACGGCAGGUUAUCCACACCGUCAUUUCAUACGUCGUACUGGAUAAACUAGUUGAACAAUACGUCGACUUCCAAGAGGCGACACAGCCCAAGAGAUAGACUUCUAAGUCC